CUUAAGCACAAACCCGGAAGAAGGAAAUAAUGUCCGUCGUCGUCCACUAGCGCAAGUCAGUUUGAGGUCGAGUGGAAGUUGACCAUGGCGAUGACAAGUCAGAUGUCCUGCUCCUCAAUGAGCAACCACACUAAGGAAAGAGUCACCAUGGCCAAAGUAACGCUGGAGAAUUUUUAUAGCAACCUAAUAUCACAGCAUGAGGAAAGGGAAAUGAGACAGCAGAAGCUGGAGAAGGUCAUGAAUCAAGAGGGCCUAGGUGAUGAAGAGAAGCGUAUCCGGCGGUCUGAGCAUGCUAGGAAAGAGACUGAGUUUCUUCGUCUCAAACGAACACGUCUUGGAUUAGAGGACUUUGAGUCACUCAAAGUGAUUGGCCGAGGAGCUUUCGGAGAGGUGCGGCUAGUUCAGAAGAAGGACACAGGACACGUUUAUGCAAUGAAAAUCUUGCGUAAGGCUGAUAUGCUUGAGAAAGAACAGGUUGGCCAUAUUCGAGCAGAAAGGGACAUUCUUGUAGAGGCAGACAGUUUGUGGGUGGUGAAGAUGUUCUACAGCUUUCAGGAUAAGAUGAACCUCUACCUCCUCAUGGAGUUUCUGCCUGGAGGUGAUAUGAUGACUCUACUGAUGAAGAAAGACACUUUAACGGAGGAGGCCACACAGUUUUAUAUUGCUGAGACUGUGCUGGCUAUUGACUCCAUUCACCAGCUGGGCUUCAUCCACAGAGACAUCAAACCAGACAAUCUCCUGCUGGACUCAAGAGGCCAUGUGAAGUUGUCUGAUUUCGGCCUAUGCACUGGUCUGAAGAAAGCCCACCGCACAGAGUUCUACAGAAACUUUAAUCACAGCCUUCCUAGUGACUUCACAUUCCAGAACAUGAACUCAAAGAGGAAAGCAGAAACAUGGAAGCGAAACAGGAGACAGUUGGCCUUCUCCACUGUUGGAACCCCUGACUACAUCGCUCCAGAAGUGUUCAUGCAAAAUGGGUAUAACAAGCUCUGUGAUUGGUGGAGUUUGGGUGUCAUUAUGUAUGAAAUUCUGAUAGGUUACCCUCCAUUUUGCUCUGAGACGCCUCAGGAAACUUACAGGAAAGUGAUGAACUGGCGGGAAACUUUGACCUUUCCACCUGAGGUCCCAAUUUCAGAAAAGGCCAAGGAUCUGAUCCUCAGGUUCUGUUGUGAGAGCGAGUACAGGAUUGGAGCUGUUGGAGUGGAGGAGAUCAAGACUAACCCUUUCUUUGAGGGAGUGUACUAUGACCAUAUCAGGGAGAGACCGGCAGCUAUUCCAAUUGAGAUCAAAAGCAUUGACGACACUUCCAACUUUGACGAGUUUCCUGAUUCAGACAUCCUCCAGCCUUCAGCCCCUCCUGUGUCCAACCACACUGAAGCUGAUCUGAAGAGUAAAGACUGGGUGUUCAUCAACUACACCUACAAGCGCUUUGAGGGGCUGACUGCACGAGGAGGCAUCCCAUCAUACAUGAAAACUGGGAAGAGAUAGGCUUCAAUAGGACUCGAUAACUUGCUGCACUCUUGCAGUGGUUGUUUUUCCAUAAGGAGACAUUCUCCAUCGCUCCUCCUAGCAUCUGAAGGAUCCUGCAUCAUCCAUUUCCUUUUUUGACUCACUCAACCAUGAUUCAUUUAUGGAUGUGGACUCCACCCACACUCAAUCCGUAGAAAGACACGUUCAGAGUCUUAUCUAAGGGCUUCUUUUGCUCGAACACCCUGACUGCUCGUUUUAUCCCUGAGCUUUUCCGUUUUUCCUUCUUAAGGAUAUAAGAUUUGAGGCAAUCAUCUUUUAGGUUGCCAGAUUUUGUACAUUUUGGAAUUGAGAUAUUUUAGUACACUGACACUGGCAAAAAGGGCUUGAACGGAAGCUGGUUAGACCUCCUGCAACCAUAAUUGAUUUUAAUUGCAUUAGCAAAGGUGGAUGAUUGAUUUACUGCUUCCAAGAACUAGCGUUUGUGGUAGAAGCCCUGUCUCAGCCUUUUUCUUGUCCACAUCUGCUGUACACAUCUUAAAGACUGAAACCUUCCCUUUUAUUAAAUAAGAUGGUUGUUUUGAAAAUUCAUACUUCUAAAGACUUAACUUUUCUCCUCUGUUUUUGAAAUGUUUUUUUUUGUUACGCUCACCAUCCAAGAUCUCAGCGACAAUGGCAAAACACGGGGCUUCGUAGUCAGUCUGAUCUGAAUGUGAUUCACACAAACCCUCAGAGCUGUAGAUGUUGCCUUACAUUCGGAUCCUUCUUAUACCAGCAGAAACAUGAAUGCAUUUGCCAGUCAAAUCAAAUUGUUCAUUAACAUAACAUUGAAAUUUCACCAGCUGAUGUCAAAGACCAAGCAAACUCUACGGACCAGCGUUUGUUUAUUAUUUAAUGGGUAGUUUCAGCCACCGACUGAUUCAGAAUUUGCUUGGUGCUAAUGCUGUUCUUUUUUUAAUCUUUUUUUUUUCUUUAAUAAAGGGGCUCAUUGCUGAUGUUUGGGGAACAAAGGCACUUUUUUUUUUUUUUUGCAUCUUUAGGAGAGUAACAACACUAUUCAGGGAUUUGAAUUUGAUCGAGUCUUCCAUUUUAAUAUGGGGACGAAAUGUUCAAUUGUUUUAUAUUACCAAAGAGGCGCCACUUUUCAUCUCACUUUCAUCAACACUUUGACUCUCAGUGUUGUUUGGAUGUGGAUGCUUUGGCUUUUAUACAGCAUUAAUUAGCAAGAUUACUUUGUCUUAAGACGUUAAUAUAUAAACUUGUAGCAAAAUAUUCAUUCCAAUAUGGUUCCAAUCAGUCUGCAUUAUUGGAAGCUGCUUUUAUCAGCAUGUUGCUUGUGAUGGCUGACUUUGU